CAACGCGAACGGAAGCAACGUCUGCUGACCUCACCGCUUACCGACAGCUUCGGACGGUUUCACAGCUAUCUGCGGAUUUCGCUCACCGAACGGUGCAACCUACGCUGCAAGUACUGCAUGCCAGCGGAAGGCGUGCAGCUCACCCAAAAGGAUCAUCUGCUGACGAGUGCUGAGGUUGUGCGACUCGCGAACCUCUUCGUAACCGAGGGUGUACGCAAGAUCAGGCUCACCGGUGGUGAACCGACCGUGCGCAAGGACCUGACCGAGAUCGUGAGCCAGCUGAAGGCCACCAAUCCGCUGCUCGAAAGCGUCGGCAUCACAACGAACGGACUCAUGCUGACCCGGCAGCUCGUUGGCCUGCAACGGGCCGGACUUGAUGCGCUCAAUGUCAGCCUCGAUACGCUCCGGGCGGCUCGGUAUGAGCAGAUUACACGCCGGAAGGGCUGGGACCGGGUAAUGGCCGGUAUCGAUCUGGCCAUUCAGCUUGGCUAUCGUCCUAAGGUGAACUGUGUCCUUAUGAAGGGAGCACCGGCACUUUCGACCUCAUUUGUACAAACACACCACCGCACCACCUUCUCACUGGCACAGUUUCAGCGCCCAUACUCCUCGCUAAGCCACGUAGACGAACACACCGGCCGGGCGACGAUGGUCGACGUAGAUGACAAGGUGUCAACCAAACGUGUGGCCAAGGCACAAGCCACCGUGUACGUUGGCCCUACGAUCGCGGCAUUGAUCGAAAACAACGAACUGAAGAAGGGCGAUGUGCUCUCGAUCUCACAAAUGGCCGCGAUCGUGGCGGCGAAGAAAACCUCCGAUCUGAUACCGCUCUGUCACAACAUCCCGCUGUCAUCGAUCAAGGUGGAGACGAGCCUGAACAGUUCCACCAACGAGGUGCACAUUCUGGCGAAGGUGAAAUGUGACGGCAAGACGGGUGUGGAGAUGGAGGCGCUUACCGCGGUUUCGGUCGCGGCCCUGACCGUGUACGACAUGUGUAAGGCGGUUUCGCACGAGAUACUGAUCAAGAACAUCAUGCUGGUGGAGAAAACGGGCGGUAAGAGCGAGUUCUACCGGAAGCAGUUUAAUCACGAACCGACGCUGGAAUCCCGCACGAUCGAGACACGUGAACGGGAGCAAAUGCCGAUCAUCACGCGUGGCUACCGGACGGAUCCAAUCGUGACGAACGAACCGUUCGUGCCGAUGCACAUUUGAGGUGGCCCCAAUUCAACAACUGCAUUCAUCUAGCGUGUUAAGUGCCUUUAUUCAUUAGCAGUGGGUUGUCAGUGGAGUACGCUAGUAUCGUUCGUCCGCGGAUCCUUGUCCCCAGUCGAGUGCCAUCUGGUUGCUGCCUCGUGAAAUGGUCUGCAAUCGAACCACCAGCUCGCCGUACGUCUCGCACGAGAGGCCCUUAUGUUUGGAACCGUCGGCCAGAAUCUUGGGGUCACGCAUUUCCGGAUUCACGCCGCUUAUCCAGCUCAUUGCCGCUGCGCACAUGUUGGCGUACUUCGGGAUGAACAGUGGCGCACGGAUGGUCCGCUCGGCCGAUGAGUCUCCACUUCCGGUGGCACCACUGAGCGGACAGUGUACCCGUGCGUAUCCUCGGUUCGUUUCCACGUUCCACACGUUGGCACCGUACAGGCUGAAGACGAUCUGCGGCCAACCGUACGGGUUGGUGGAUUUCAUCGUGAACUCGAUCGGCAUGUUGAACACCACCGUCCGGUAGUCCGUCUCGGUUCGAGCACUUUGCGUGACGGCAGACCGCAACCCGGACACGAGCUCCCAAUCCGGACCGGCUACGAUGUCGUACCGGCAGAACAGUCCGUUCCCGUCCGGACCCAUUGGGAAGUAGGCUGACUCCAGCUGCCCAGUGACGGUGAGGUGGAAAAAGCUUUCACUUUCACCGGAAGUUAGCUGUAGCUCGAGCAUAACGGCGAGAAUUAGAUGCAAAAAUUCCAGAGAAAAACACUCACACACUAACACACUAUAGAUGCGGAUCGAUUAGAUGCGCGGAAACAGAACGAAACGCAAAUCCACCGAAAGGAUGCCGACCCUGUUGUGUUAUGGUAAUGCAUAACAAUUUCCAUGGCAACGCACCACAUUAGACGUAAGACACACAUUGCUUGGGAAUAAUUGGGUAUUUGUUAGGCGUGUUUCACUGUACACGAGAAUUGUAACACGGACUAUAGCAUUUAACGAAACAAGCGAA